GUUAGGGUUUUAAUAGGCUGCUGCCUCUCUUCAUCAGCAACAUAUCAAACUACAGCUGAAGUCGGAGUUCUCUAUCACUCAGCAAACAUGGGGAAGACACGUGGUAUGGGAGCUGGACGCAAGCUGAAGUCCCACCGUAGAAGGCAAAGGUGGGCUGACAAGUCCUACAAGAAAUCCCAUCUUGGGAACGAAUGGAAGAAGCCAUUUGCUGGGUCAUCCCAUGCCAAAGGCAUUGUGCUUGAGAAGAUAGGUAUUGAAGCUAAGCAGCCGAAUUCUGCUAUUCGUAAAUGUGCUAGGGUUCAACUCAUCAAAAACGGGAAGAAGAUUGCUGCCUUUGUCCCCAAUGAUGGUUGUUUGAACUACAUUGAAGAAAACGAUGAAGUGUUGAUCGCUGGAUUUGGUCGUAAGGGGCACGCCGUGGGAGAUAUUCCUGGUGUCAGGUUCAAGGUUGUGAAGGUUUCUGGUGUCUCUCUCUUGGCUCUCUUCAAGGAGAAGAAAGAGAAGCCUAGAUCUUAGGUUGUCCUUUUUGCCAAAAUACUUUCAAGCAUGUAACAGGCUAUUAGCUAAUCUUGAGUUUGUGAACAAACAGUUUUUGAUCCUAGGUAUUGUACUGGAAUUUCGAUUA